GAAACACAUACUUUUAGUACAUACAAAUAAUAGCUAUAACAAUAUACAUUUAGAAGAAAAUAUGUUAAGGACUAUAAGUACAAAAUUUUGGAACAUUCGUCCAACAGGUGCAUUUCACUUUAGCACUCAAACCGUAAAUGAUGUUAAAGUGGAACAAUCUCCAUUCAAAACUAAUUUAAAAAAUGUCGAUAUGUCGUUUGAAACCAACAAAAUGUACGCAGCAUUUCCUGAUAUUGUAGAGGAUUUACUUGAGGAUCAGCUCGCUUACCAUCAGAGAUUUCCAGAAUUAAAAACAACGUACUCCAAUUUCUUAAACUAUACUGUGAAGUUACAACCACAGUUUAUCGGAAAAGGUUUGUUUACGGUGUAUGCAUAUAAAAUGUUGGAGAAGCCUUUACUACUUACAGAUGAUAACAUAAAGAAGGCCUGUGUUGUUGGGUGGUGCCAUAAAUUGAUGGAUGCCUGCUUAACAGUUGAUGAUGACAUAAUUGAUUCGACUGAAAGAAGAUACAACAAACCUGCCUGGUAUAACGUAGAGGGAGUUGGUGUUAACAAAGCUAUUUUAGAUGGCGCAUUCUUAGAUACUGGGAUAUGGUUCCUUUUAAUAAAACAUCUAUCAUCUCACAGACAUUUUCAGGAUAUUAUGAAGCAAAUUUUGUUGAUUUAUGCUACUACAAAUAUAGCGCAAAGGAUUGAUAUAACAAAAAAGAAGGUUACCGAGCUUGAGAACUUUGUUUUGACUCCUAAGGCUUAUGGUUUUGUUUUGCCGGUACUACGAACAGCUUUGUUUUUGGCAAAUAUUGAUGACAAGGACGCCCAUGUGGCUACUGAAAGUAUAUCUAAAGACGUUGCAAAUUACUUAAAGAUCGAGAAUGAUUUUAAUGAAGUUUUCAAUCCGUUAUCUAGUAUCAAGGAAACUCACAACGACAUUUCAGAAGGAAAAUCAUCUUGGUUAGCUGUACAAGCUUACAGCAGAGGAACAUCCGCACAAAAGAAGCUACUGGAAGAGAAUUAUGGUAAAAACGAUAAAGAGUCUAUACAGAAAUGUUACGAGUUGUUUAAUGACCUACAACUAAAAGAUGUUUUUCUAAAUUACAAGGAAGAAUUUUAUAACAAAACAUUUUUGAAGAUUCACAAGGAAGUACCGAAAAUAUUACCAACGGAGUUAUUUGUGGACUUUUUGAACUAUUCUAUGACGGAGAAUUUUAGAAUGUAAUAUUUUUAUAUAAAAUGUAAUCUACUGUAGCAUAACGUUUGGCUUCUAAACCUUAUAAUAUAAAAUAAUAUAUUUAUAAUAUCUUAAUUAUUGUGUGAAUUUAUCAAUGUCUAAAUAUGUCUAAUAUAUAAAAAAAUUAAAUAUUUAAC